AUGCGGCCGCUCCCGCGGCGCCUCGAUCCGCUGCUCCGCGAGCCGGCGGCGCUGGUAGCGGCGGCCGCCUCCGCACAGCGCCCCCUCCGUGAGCUCCACGCGCACCUCCUCGUCUCGGGCCGUCUCGCGUCCCCGCCCCACCACGCCGCCUUCCUCGCCUCCCUCGCCUCCUCCUCCGACGACGACGACGGCCACCUCUCCUACGCGCGCCUCCUCCUGCCGCGGCGCCCCGCCACGCUCUUCGUACACAACUCCCUCCUCCGCGCCCUCGCCCGCGGUCGGCGCCCGCACCUCGCCUUCGGCGCGUUCCGCGACCUGCCCCUCGCGCCUGACAACUACUCCUUCACCUUCCUCGUCCGAGCCGCGACCGCGCUGGCUGCCGCGGCGGCGGCUGUGCGGGCCCCCGGGCUGGACGCGAACCUGAUCGUGCGGAGCGUGCACGCGUCCGCGCUCCGCCGCGGACACGCUGGCGACCCACACGUGCAGAGCGGGGUCGUCUCAAUGUACUCCGCGGCCGGGGACGUGGGCGCCGCGCGGGCCGCGUUCGCAGAGAUCGCGUUCCCGGACGCGGUGUGCAUCACCGCGAUGGUGGGGGCUCUUGCCACCUGCGGCAAAGUGGACGCCGCACGCGAGAUGUUUGACGGAAUGCCUUUGCGGGACCAUGUGGCGUGGAACGCCAUGAUCGCGGGUUAUGUGCACGCCGGCAGAUCGAGGGAGGCCCUGAGGCUGUUCAACGAAAUGCGUAAUGCUGGCGCUGCUGUAGGGGAGGUGACGCUGGUGUCAGUGCUCACUGCCUGUGCACAAUUGGGCGCGCUGGAGCGUGGCAGGUGGGUGCACUCAUAUGUGCACAGCUGCGGGAUGCGGGUUUCUGUCACCCUCGGCACCGCACUGGUUGAUAUGUAUUCCAAGUGUGGCGCUGUGGCAGCAGCCAUGGAGGUGUUCGACAGCAUGGACAGAAAGAACGUUUACACUUGGACCAGUGCAGUGAGUGGCCUUGCAAUGAAUGGCAUGGGGAGAGACUGCCUUGAGCUGUUCAAGCGCAUGGAGAGCACAGGGGUUGAUCCUAACGGUGUCACCUUUGUUGCGGUGCUCCGUGGAUGCUCCAUGGCUGGGUUGGUGGACGAGGGAAGAUCAUGCUUCGAUGCGAUGAAGAGCAAUCAUGGAAUUGAUCCUUGGCUUGAGCAUUAUGGUUGCAUGGUUGAUUUGUACGGUCGAGCUGGGCGUCUUGAUGAUGCCAUGAACUUCAUCAAUAACAUGCCACUGGAGCCACACGAAGGUGUAUGGGGAGCGCUACUCAAUGCCUCUCGGAUUCACAAAAAUGUUGAGUUGGGCAAAUAUGCAAUGGACAAGCUCAUGGCCAUCGAGUCCAAGAAUGAUGCGGCUCAUGUCCUGCUGUCCAACAUCUACGCAGAGUCGCAUAACUGGAAGGGUGUUAGCAAUGUUCGGGACGUGAUGAAGGCCAAGGGAGUGAAGAAGGUGCCUGGGUGUAGUGCCAUCGAGGUUGGUGGCAAGGUGCAUGAGUUCUUUGUUGGAAGCAAGACACACCCAAGAUACAGGGAGAUCGAGAUUAUGCUUGCAGAGAUGACUCAGAGGCUGAGGCUACAUGGGUACAUUGCGAACACAAAAGAGGUGCUGUUUGAUAUCGAGGAAGAGGAGAAAGAAGAUGCAAUCUCCUUGCAUAGUGAGAAGCUGGCCCUGGCUUUUGGCCUGGUCGCGUUGCCGGAAAACAUGGAGAUCAGGAUAGUGAAGAACCUAAGAGUAUGCAAGGACUGCCAUGAUUACACCAAGUUGAUAUCCAAGGUCUUCAACAGGGAGGUUGUUAUGAGAGAUAGGAAUAGGUUUCACCAUUUCAAGGAUGGAGCGUGCUCCUGUAGGGAUUACUGGUGAUCCUUUCGUUCUGAUAAUUGCUCGCCGUUCAAUUGGACGAUUCAAACAUUUAUGUCUUAGAAGGGAUGCACAAUCUAGCAUUCAUCUGGAGCUAAGACGCAGUGGAGGACAUGGAGUGGGAAAAAAGACAGGGAGAGCUUUGACAUUUUCACCUGGCAUGUGGCAAACGGGCACAAAAAAAGGCCACAAACUUUUGUGAUAUCCUGCCGAUAGGAAAUGAACUCUGGACAAUACGAGCAUGCCCUCAAAAAAUUUUGAGCAUUCUCCUGCAGGGAUCACUUGGUAAUUCCUAUGUGUCAUAAAUGUAACAAUCUUCCCGAUGACAUUUUAGCAAUUCAGUGUUGAAGCCGAGACAAUACUCGUUUACGAACGGGAAAAGAGGGGUUU